UGACCAAUAUUCUCAUAAGGAUUAGGAAUAGUUUUCUUAUGAGGCACAGAGUCUUCUUUCAUCAAAAUGUCUAACUGGGGAGGGACAAACGCGGACAAUGAAACGAUCCAAUACUGCUUUCCAAACAACAACUUGUCUUGUACCAGAAAUGUAAAACCUGGAGCGGAGUUCAUUUUUGUGUACAUAUUUAUUUCUACAGUAUCGGUGUUAACUGUGUUUCUGAACUUGUUGGUGAUCAUCUCUAUCGCUCACUUCCAUCAGCUUCACUCUCCAACCAAUGUGCUGAUCUUCUCUUUGGCAAUGGCUGAUCUAAUUGUUGGACUGAUUCUUAUGCCAGUACAUGGCCUCAAACUGAUUGAGCCAUGCUGGUACUUUGGAGAAAUCUUUUGCUCAAUAUUCCCAUUUAUUUUCUAUGUGGUUGUAACAGCAUCUCUUGGCAACUUGAUUAUUAUAUCUGUGGAUCGGUACAUUGCUGUUAAUGACCCUUUGAGAUAUACAACAAGAGUUGAUACUAACAGAGCAGUCUUUUCUAUUGUUGUAAACUGGGUGUUUUCCAGCAUAUAUUCUUUUCUUAUUUUGUAUGAAUCUGUACUCUAUCCAGAGAAAAACCAUACAUGUAUUGGAGAAUGUAUACUUUUUAUUAAGCUGGAAUAUAUAAUAACUGAUGUCUUAGUCACUUUAGUCACCCCAUGUUGUUUAAUCAUUUAUUUAUAUCUGAAAAUCUUUUUUUUAGCAAAACAUCAAGCUGAGCAUAUAAAUGCACUCACAGACAAAAAGGUCAAGUCAGAAAAAAAGGCUGCAAAAUCCUUAGGGGUUGUUGUGAUGAUCUAUCUCCUUUGUUGGAUACCAUAUUAUAUAGCUGCUCUUACUCUUGGGCAAGACACUGGUGAUUCCCUUGUAAUUAAUAUAAUGUACUGGAUUUUAUGCAUGAAUUCAUUAAUGAAUCCACUAAUUUAUGCUAUGUUUUAUAGAUGGUUUCGAAUAUCAACAAAAUACAUUUUAACUCUGAAAAUAUUUGAACCUUCAUCACAAUACUUAAACCUUUUCAUUGAAGAGAAAUAAUCCUUGUUGCGGUUAUAUUAUUGUGAAUCUGAAGCAUGUAAAAAGGGUGUUAAUUCACCCCAAAAUUAAUUUCACCCACAUGGUAUGACAAAAAUGUGAUGUUUUCCUGUAAAAAUAUCUCAUAUUUGGUAACAAAAACACAUACAGGUUUACAGAAUGUUAAUUUUUAGAUUAACUAUCCUUAUAGUAGAAUCUGUUUCAGAAUGGUUUAGUUGAGGUUUUAUUGUGAACUUUGUUAUGAAGGAUAAUUUAAAGUAAUUAGUGAUUAUUGUUAAUUACAAUGCAAAAGUAUCCAACAUAACAUAAUUUAAAAGGUAAAAUAUAUUUAAUUGCUUUUUUUAACGAUACCAAAUAAAGAUGCUCAUUAAUUUUUUAGUUGUUAUUUUUAGAAAGGUACAGUAAAGGGUGACAUGCAGAAGAUCAUCAACAAUUAAAACUAUUUUACUAAUAGAUGCUGACUCAAAUUUUUAUAAACACUCUACACAAUAUCACCAUUUUAGGGUUUAGGGUAAUUUAAUGGCUUAUAUUGGAAUCACAAUGAUUCUGUUAUAAAAAUUUAAUGAUGGCUCUAAAUACAGAUGUAUUUAUGCAUUCAACAAUGAACUUGCAUAAUCAAUAACAUAAUUAACUCAACAUGUAGCAAAAUUCUCCUCUACAAAUCAUCUUGUUAACUGAGUGCACAUGACUAAUGCGCUUUUCUGAAGUCAUUUUUGUAACAUUGUCAUUUUUCAUCACUGCUAGUUUUUUUGAUGACAGAUUGGUGUGUCCUGGGCUUUAUAAUUGAUCAAAUUGUUUAAAUCUGUGGCCACUGAUAGCCUCGUGGGUAGUUUGCUGACACACAGUCUUUUUUUAUUUUAUUUAUUUAUUUAUUUUUAUUCUUCCCAAAUUUGAAUCCUGGCUCGCAGACUUGUCCAACUUCACUUCCUGUCUAAAUACAUGCUUAUCCUAAAAAAUACAA